AUGGCAAGAGGAUAUCGAAUGAACCGGAAUAUGAUUCCCAAUGGCAACGCCCUCCUCGUGGCAGAAGAGGGCGUGUUGGAGAUGUCGCAAAGGGUGCGGGUGCUGUGUGCGAUCAUGACACAUCCGAGGAACCACGAGAAGAAGGCGAAGCACGUGAGGGACACCUGGGGGAAGCGAUGCGACGUCCUCCUCUUCAUGAGCUCGGUGGAAGAUCCAUCCUUACCCACCGUGGCAUUGAAGGUGAAGGAAGGUAGACAGCAUCUGUCGAAGAAGACCCAUGAAUCAUUCCGGUACAUAUACCAACACCACCUGGACGAUGCGGACUGGUUCCUCAAGGCGGACGAUGACACCUAUGUCGUCAUGGAGAACCUCCGCUUCAUGCUCCACGAUCGCAAUCGGAAAUGCCUCAACUUUGUGGGAGUGCAACCAGGGGACACCCGGGACGAGUUGGGACGCUGGCGGUUCUUGCCCUUCGCCCCAGAGACCCACCUCAAUCCCGGCUUCUUCUUGGGCAAGUAUGACUGGUUGUGGAAGCACACGUUCUACCCUUACAGGGAAGGACCCGAGUGCUGCUCGGACAAGGCCAUCGCCUUCCAUUACAUCUCGCCCAAUCUCAUGCACGCUCUGGAAUAUUUCACCUAUCGCCUGCACCCCUUUGGCGUUCAACAUCAGCCUUUGGUCUCCAACGAUACGGGCGUGUCGAAGUCUCCGCCAUGA